GUCCACAGGCAUCGGAACCUCACAGUGCCGGUGAAACUGGUCGACUGGUAUAAUCCAUUGCCCCUGUGGUAGGCCUGGCCCUAAACUUCCUAUGCCAAGUUCAAGAUCUGCCGGUAGUGGCGUAUGCGCACUCUUAUGCCCAGGUCACGUAGUUAUUAUAAUAAGCUAAGUCGACCUGUCUUGCUGCUCACGAGUAAGAUCAUUCUACACAAAAUAUGACUGACAACCAUACAAUACGAUUGGUGCCAACGAGCAUCAGCGGCGCGGUGCUUGCAUUGUGCGUACUGCUAAUCGCAUAUUCACUCCUUGGAUACAUCUACAAUCUGUUCUUCCACCCACUCUCGAAGUUUCCAGGCCCAGUCGCCUGCAAGGCCAGUUCGAUACCUUAUGUUCGCCAAAACUUCAAAGGCGACCUCGUCGCUUGGAUCACCAAACUCCACGAUGAAUAUGGGGAGGUCGUCCGCGUGGCCCCGAAUGAGUUGUCCUUUUCUAGCGCCGACUCAUACAAAGAUGUGUAUGGGUUCAAAAAGGCCGGCUACGGGUCUCUUCAAAAGGACGAAGACUUCUACACCAAUCCGGGAACGACCACACGCGAUAUCGUCAACUCCGACGACGCCAAUCAUGCGCGGAUGAGAAAGAUCUUCAGUCACGCCUUUUCCGAUCGAUCGUUAAAACUCCAGGAACCACUUUUCCUCACUCACAUUGACAAAAUGAUCAGCAAGAUACGCCAAGAUCCCAGCAAGAAAUACGACAUGGUGAAACUAUACAAUUGCACCACCUUCGACAUCAUGGGCGACUUGACAUUCGGAGAGCCGCUGGGUAUGUUGGACAACUCCGACUAUCACCCUUGGGUGGCUGCCAUCUUUGGCGGGUUGCAUUUCGGUGUAAUCCUACAUUCGAUGAGAAUGCUCGCGCCAUCCUUGGACGAGUUUCUACUGAAGUACUGCAUGCCAAACUCUAUCAAGGAGCAGAUGCAAUUGCAUGCAGACUUCUCACGUGUGCGCGUGGAACGACGACUUGAGAAGCAAGAUGCCAGACCAGAUAUUUGGGGACUCGUUCUCGGCAAGGAGGAAGGUCGUGGUUUGUCGAAGAAGGAAAUGUAUGCGAAUGCAGAAAUUUUCAUGAUCGCUGGGACAGAAACCACGGCAACGCUGCUGAGUGGUGUGACUUUCCGACUCUUGACGAACCCAUCGAAGAUGCAGAGAUUGGUCCAGGAGAUCCGCAGCGCUUUCGCGAGCGAGGAAGAGAUCACAGUGGAAAGACUGCAGGCGUUGGAGUAUCUUCAUGCUUGUCUGGAGGAAGGGCUGCGUAUGUAUUCUCCUGUGCCGCAGGGUCUGCCACGUGUCGCCUUACCGGGAGCACCUGUGGUUGUGGAUGGCCAUGAGGUUCCACCUGGAAGCAAAGUCCGCGUAUCGAACGUGGCUGUUUUCAACAAUCGAAACAACUUCCGUGACCCUGAGCUAUUCGUGCCAGAGCGAUGGCUACCAAACGAUCCAGAGGGAGCAAAAUAUUCCGAGGACAAAAAACAUGCGCUCCAGCCGUUCUCUACUGGUCCGCGGAAUUGCUUGGGCAAGAAUAUGGCAUACCACGAAAUGCGAUUGAUACUGACCAAGACGCUCUACAACUUUGACUUGACACUGUGCGAAGAGAGCAAGCGAUGGGCCGACCAAAAGACGUACAUCAUGUGGGAAAAGAAGCCGCUCAUGGUCCGACUAACACCAUGCAAGGCAUAGAUUUCAUGUGCGAUUGGUUAUUCACUACACGCUGUAUGAGUACAAACAGAUAAGAUAGACAGAUGCGCCCUCCACGAUCCACGUGCAUCUAGAUCUGGACAUUGUUCACCUCGUGCCCGCCACGCGACAACAGGUAUGGGGGUCAACAUGUCUCGUGCACGGAUGCGUGCAGGCGUUUCAUUGAUGGAAAAUCUCGCUUGGCACAGAGCACAUGAUAGCAUCCUUUGGCUGUACCCCAGCCCUCACCUCCACGCACCUCCACACGGAACUGAGAUUGCGGGGAAGCGUCCUACGGUGUGCGCCUCAGCGCUUGGACAGGCCUUGGACAGUGACCCCCAAAGCG